AUGGGGUCUAGACGUUACGAUUCAAGAACUACGAUCUUCUCGCCAGAGGGUCGUCUCUACCAGGUGGAGUACGCGUUGGAAUCCAUCUCACAUGCGGGGACCGCGAUUGGUGUCCUGGCUCAGGACGGGAUUGUCAUCGCUGCGGAGAGGAAAGUUACGAGCACACUUCUGGAGCAGGAUACGUCCACGGAGAAACUGUACAGGUUGAACGAUAAGAUCGUCGUCGCCGUCGCUGGGCUGACCGCUGACGCAGAGAUUCUGAUAAAUACUGCACGGGUGCACUGCCAGAACUACCUCAAGACGUACGGCGAGGAUAUCCCCGUGGAGAUGCUAGUGAAACGGAUGUCCGACAUCAAGCAGAGUUACACGCAGCACGGUGGGUUGAGGCCCUUUGGUGUGUCGUUCAUCUACGCUGGUGUCGACGACCGGUACGGGUUUCAAUUGUACACGUCCAACCCUUCGGGGAACUACACCGGGUGGAAGGCUAUCAGUGUCGGUGCAAACACUUCUGCUGCGCAGACGCUGCUUCAGAUGGACUACAAGGACGAAAUCACUUUGGAGGAGGCCACUGAACUCGCUCUUAAGACUCUAUCGAAGACUACGGACAGCAGCGCGCUGACGUACGACAGGGUGGAGUUCUCCACUAUAAAGCGGGGCAAAGAGGAGGGCCAGGUCAUCCAGAAGAUCUACAAACCAAGCGAGAUCAAACAGCUGCUCGUCAAGUCCGGCAUCACGAAGAAGGACGCGGAGGAUGGCGACGCGGACGUCGAAAUGAAGUAA